AAGGUCAAACUUAUACCACCAACAUCAAAUAAAUAAACAAGAUGAAUCACAGUCACUUUAUUGGUGGUAACACCGUAGACAGCGCACCGUCUUCUCCACUCAAAGACUUCGUAAAGUCCCACAACGGACACACCGUUAUAUCCAAGGUUCUGAUAGCAAACAAUGGUAUCGCCGCUGUGAAGGAAAUCAGAUCCGUUAGGAAGUGGUGUUAUGAGCAAUUCGGAUACGAGAGAGCAGUAGAAUUCGUCGCUAUGGCUACACCAGAAGAUCUCGCAGUCAAUGCCGACUACAUUCGUAUGGCGGAUGAGUACGUAGAAGUACCCGGUGGUUCAAACAACAACAACUACGCAAACGUCGACUUUAUCGUUGAUGUUGCAGAACGUGCUGGUGUCCACGCCGUCUGGGCUGGUUGGGGUCACGCAUCUGAGAACCCAAGGUUACCUGAAAUGCUUUCCCAAUCUAAAAUCGUCUUCAUUGGUCCACCAGGAUCCGCUAUGCGUAGUUUGGGUGAUAAAAUCUCUUCCACCAUCGUUGCACAAUCUGCCCAAGUCCCAACAAUGGCUUGGUCAGGUACUGGUAUCUCGGAUACCAGUCUCUCCUCACAAGGCUUUGUCACUGUUCCUGACGACGCAUACAAGAACGCUACCGUCACAACAGUUGAACAAGGUCUUGAGAAAGCCAAAGCUAUUGGCUUCCCAGUCAUGAUUAAAGCAUCAGAAGGUGGUGGUGGUAAGGGUAUUCGUAAAGUCGAGGAUGAAGCGGACUUCCCAUUAAGCUUCACUGCUGUCCUUGGUGAAGUUCCAGGUUCACCUGUCUUUAUCAUGAAGUUAGCCGGUGCAGCUAGACAUUUGGAAGUUCAAUUAUUAGCUGAUCAAUACGGUAACGCUAUCUCUUUAUUCGGCCGUGAUUGUUCCGUCCAACGUCGUCACCAAAAGAUUAUUGAAGAAGCUCCAGUCACAAUCGCCGGUGAAGAGCGUUUCGAAGAAAUGGAGAAAGCUGCUGUACGUUUAGCCAAGCUUGUUGGUUACGUUUCCGCCGGUACUGUUGAAUACCUCUACUCUCACUCAGACGACAAGUUCUACUUCUUGGAACUUAACCCACGUCUCCAAGUUGAGCACCCAACAACUGAAAUGGUUUCAGGUGUUAAUCUGCCAGCCGCUCAAUUGCAAAUUGCUAUGGGUAUUCCACUUCACAGAAUCAGAGACAUCCGUACACUCUAUGGAAAGACCCCAACUGGUCAAUCAACCAUUGAUUUCGAUUUCUCUUCAAACGAAGCACUUGAAACACAACGUAAACCAAAACCAAAAGGACACGUUGUUGCUGUUCGUUUGACUGCUGAAGACCCAGACGCUGGUUUCAAACCUUCAGGUGGUACUGUUCACGAACUAAACUUCAGAUCAAGUCCAAAUGUAUGGGGUUACUUCGCAAUUGGUGCUCAAGGUGGUCUUCACUCUUUGGCUGACUCUCAAUUCGGUCACUGUUUCUCUUACGGUGCUGACAGAUCUGAAGCACGUAAGAACAUGGUUGUCGCACUCAAGGAAAUUUCUAUCAGAGGUGAUUUCAGAACUACAGUUGAAUAUCUCAUCAAACUUCUUGAAACUCAAGCAUUUGAAGAAAACACCAUCACUACUGGCUGGUUAGACACUCUCAUCUCAAACCGUUUGACUGCCGAACGCCCUGAUCCAUCAUUGGCUGUCAUCUGUGGUGCACUCGUCAAAGCUCACGUUGCAUCUGAAGAAAGCUGGACUGAAUACAGAACUAUUCUCGAAAAAGGUCAAGUCCCACCAAAGGAGAAAUUGCAAACUAUCUUCUCCGUUGACUUCAUUUACGAGGGUACCAAAUACAACUUCACAGUUACUAGAUCAUCAUUGUUAAUGUGGACUCUCUAUUUGAACGGUGGUGCUACUAAGGUUACUGCCCGUCCACUUGCUGAUGGUGGUCUGUUGGUUCUUUUGGAUGGUAAAUCUCACAGCGUCUACUGGAGAGACGAGACCAUUGCUUGGAGAGUUAUGAUUGAUGGAAAGACUUGCUUAAUCGAACAAGAGAAUGAUCCAACGCAGCUUCGUUCACCAUCACCAGGUAAACUUGUCAGAUACCUAGUUGAAAGUGGUGGACAUGUUAAGGCUGGUCAGCCAUACGCCGAGAUUGAGGUCAUGAAAAUGUACAUGCCUCUCAUUGCUGCAGAGGAUGGUUCACCAAUGUUCAUCAAGCAAGUUGGUGUUGCUUUGCAACCCGGUGAGGUUCUCGGUAUACUUGCACUUGACGACCCAAGCCGCGUUAGACAUGCCAAACCAUUUGAAGGUCAAUUACCUUCAUACGGUUUGCCAUCUAUUCUUGGUAACAAGCCACAACAACGUCAAGCUUACUUGGUUGAUACUAUCAACACUAUCCUUGAUGGUUACGACAAUCUCUCGGUUAUGCAAGUCACUCUUAAGGAGUUGAUCAAUGUUUUGCGUGACCCCCAACUUCCAUACGCUAUGAUGACUCAAUUGUUGUCUACUCUCUCCGGUCGUAUUCCUGCCAAACUUGAAGAUCAAAUCCGUGAACAAGUUGAAACUUCACACUCAAAGCAAGCUGAAUUCCCAGCCAUUCAAGUCAUCAGCCUUAUCGAAGAGUUCACAACUAGCAACAUUCGUGCUCAAGACCGUGCUACUUUCAGAUUAUCAGUCGGUCCAAUCCUUGAGAUUGCUGAACAAUUCAAGGGUGGCCUUAAGGUUCACGAAUGGGCAACACUUGCUGGUUUCAUCAACAAGUACACUGAAAAUGAGAAGCUCUUUGCACUUGGUGAAGACCGUGCUGUUUUGGCUUUGAGAGAACAACACCGUAACAACUUAGAACAAGCUGCUGCCGUCGUACUCUCACACGUCAAGGUCCAAUCUAAGAAUAGACUCAUGCACGCUAUUCUUGAUCUUAUCAAAGGUGGUGGAACCAACUUUACGAACUCAGACAACCCAUUAAACAGGGCCCUCAAGGAACUCGCUGAUCUUGACAGCAAGCUCAGCACCAAGGUCGCUUUGAAAGCUAGGGAAGUACUCAUUUUGACUCAAAUUCCUUCCUACGAAGAACGUGUUGGUCAAAUGAGCGACAUCUUGAAGUCAUCAGUUACUACCAGCUUAUACGGUGAACAAGGACAAGAAUUCUCAAUGCCAAAUGUUGAUGUUCUUAAGGAGCUUACUGACUCUCGUUACACUGUAUUCGACGUUUUGACAACUUUCUUCUCUAACCAGAAUGCUUGGAUCGCUAUGAGCGCUCUUCAAGUUUACGUUUCACGUGCUUACCGUGCAUACACCGUCCUUCAAGUUGACUACCAUCCAAGUGAAGAAGUAAAUGCUCCACAUAUCGUUACAUGGCGCUUCCGUUUGGGUCAAUCACCAGAUGCCCCUCAAACUCCACGUGUUGACUCAUUCAAGGAUGUAACAAGAAUUGGAUCAAUGUCAGACCUCACCUAUGCUGUCAAACGUAACUCACUUGAACCACUUCGUAUGGGUGCUAUUGCUUCAUUCAACAACUUGUCUGAACUCCAAACUCGUAUCACAAAGGUUCUUGACAUGUACCCACAAUUUGAUGCUAAGAAGCACUUCGAGCGUUACGGUGAAGCAGCACAACCACCAAACGUACUCAACUUGGCUGUCAACGCAUUUAACAAGGAUGAUGACUUGAGCAACGAAAAAUGGUUGGAAAGCUUCAUUGACUUGACAAAUCAAGUUGGUGAAAGAGUCAGAUCAGCUGGUAUCAGAAGAGUCACUUACAUGAUCAACCGUAAGGGUGAAUACCCAUGGUUCUACACCAUGCGUGAUGUCAAUGGUAGAUGGAUCGAGCAAGAGGAAAUCAGAAACAUUGAACCAGCUCUCGCUUACCAACUCGAAUUGAGCAGACUCUCAAACUUCAAGAUCACUCCAUCAUUCGUUGAGAAUCGCCAAAUUCACAUUUACCACGCUCAAGGUCGUGAAAACGCUACUGAUAACAGAUUCUUCAUCAGAGCUUUGGUCAGACCAGGUAGACUUCGUGGAUCAAUUCGUACAACUGACUACUUGAUCUCUGAAUCCGACAGACUUGUUGGUGACAUUCUCGAUGCUCUCGAAGUUGCUGGUGCUGAUCACCCAACUGCUGACUGCAACCACGUUUCUCUCAACUUCCUUUACAACCUUCGUGUUUCAUUCGAUGAAGUACAAGAGGCUCUCGCAGGUUUCAUUGACCGUCACGGCAAGCGUUUGUGGAGAUUGAGAGUCACUGGUGCUGAAAUUCGUAUCGUUCUUGAAGAUGAAGAGGGUAACGUACAACCAAUCAGAGCAAUCAUUGAGAACGUUAGUGGAUUCGUUGUCAAGUAUGAAGCUUACCAAGAAGUUGAAACCGACCAUGGUUCAACAAUCCUCAAGUCAAUUGGACCACAAGGUGCACACCAUUUGCAACCUGUCAACGCACCUUACCCAACCAAGGAGUGGCUUCAACCAAAGCGUUACAAGGCUCACGUCGUUGGUACUACCUACGUUUAUGACUUCCCAGAUCUCUUCCGUCAAGCUCUUCGUAACGUCUGGACUGCAGCCCUCCGUAAUGCUCCUGGUUUGACCGUACCAGAAGACCCACUCGUCGCUUCCGAGUUAGUCCUCGAUGAACACAACCAAUUACAAGAAGUUAACCGUAAAGCUGGUUCUAACACCAUUGGUAUGGUCGGCUGGAUUUUCACAAUGAAGACUCCAGAAUAUCCACAAGGUAGACGUGUUGUCAUUGUCGCGAACGACAUCACAUUCCAAAUUGGUUCAUUUGGUCCACUUGAAGAUGAAUAUUUCUACAAGGUCACUGAGCUCGCUCGUGCUUACGGCUUGCCAAGAAUCUACCUCUCUGCUAACUCAGGAGCUCGUAUCGGUUUGGCUGAAGAAAUCAUCAACUUAUAUUCAGUUGCCUGGAAUGACGCUAGCAACCCAGAGAAAGGCUUCAAAUACCUCUAUCUCACCCCAGAGAACUACGAAUCACUUAAAGAGGCUGCUUCAUCUAUUAACGUCGAAGAAAUUACAGAUGAUGGUGAAGUUAGAUUCAAGAUCACUGACAUCAUUGGUCUUCGUGAUGGUCUUGGUGUUGAGUGUCUUAAGGGAUCUGGUUUGAUUGCUGGUGAAACUACUCGUGCUUAUGACGAUAUCUUCACUAUCACAUUGGUCACUGCCAGAUCAGUUGGUAUUGGUGCUUACCUCGUCAGAUUAGGUCAACGUGCCGUUCAAGUUGAAGGUCAACCAAUCAUCCUUACUGGUGCUCCAGCACUCAACAAGGUUCUUGGUCGUGAAGUUUACACUUCCAACUUGCAACUUGGUGGUACUCAAAUCAUGCACAAGAACGGUAUCUCACACAUCGUUUCUCCAAAUGACUUGGAAGGUGCUAUCUCAAUUCUUCAAUGGUUGUCAUACGUCCCUGAACGUAAGGGCAAGCCAGUUCCAAUUUCCCCAAGCAAUGACAGCUGGGAUAGAAUUGUUGAAUACGUUCCACCAAAGGGACCAUACGAUCCACGUUGGUUCUUGGCAGGUAAAUCUGAGGAUGCUGAAGCAGGUGAACCUAAGUUCAUGAAAGGUUUCUUCGAUAAGGACUCAUUCCAAGAAACACUUGGUGGAUGGGCACAAACUGUCGUCACUGGUAGAGCCAAAUUGGGUGGUAUUCCAAUGGGUGCCAUUGCUGUUGAAACUCGUACAAUGGAGAGAAUUGUACCAGCUGAUCCAGCCAACCCACUUUCAUUCGAGCAACGUAUUAUGGAAGCAGGUCAAGUUUGGUACCCUAACUCAGCAUACAAGACCGCUCAAGCUAUCCAAGACUUCAACCGUGAAGGUUUACCACUCAUGAUCUUCGCUAACUGGCGUGGUUUCUCUGGUGGUCAACAAGACAUGCUUGACGCCAUUCUCAAGGAAGGUUCUAAGAUUGUUGAUGGUCUCUCAUCUUACAAGCAACCAAUCUUCGUUUACGUUCUUCCAAACGGUGAACUUAGAGGUGGUGCUUGGGUUGUUCUCGAUCCAUCUAUCAACAAGUCAAUGAUGGAAAUGUACGCUGAUCCAUGGGCUCGUGCUGGUGUUCUUGAACCAGAAGGUAUUGUUGAAAUCAAGUACCGUCGUGACAAGGUUCUUUCAACUAUGAACAGACUUGACUCCGAAUACGCUCGUCUCAAGAAGGAAUCCGAAGAUAGCAGCAAGUCAGUAGAUGAACGUAAGGUAUCAACUGAUGCACUUGUUAAGCGUGAAAAGGAUCUCUACCCAACCUACCAACAAAUUGCACUCUUAUACUCAGACUUACACGACAGAGUUGGUAGAAUGUCAGCAAAGGGUUGUGCAUCACCAUGUGAAUGGAUCGAAUCAAGAAGAUACUUCUAUCAACGCUUGAGAAGAAGAUUAGAUGAGGAAGCUAUCAUUAACAGAUUAGGCAAGGCUAAUCCAUUAAUGGAUAGACAAUCAAGAUUAUCAAUCUUAUACAACAUUUACUCACAAAAGAAUGUUGAAUUCAGUGAUGACGCAAAGAUUGCUUCAUUCAUUGAAAAAGAGAGAGAAGUUAUUGAUGAAAUCGUUCAAUUAGUUCAAUCACGCUACAUUGAGUCACAAAUCUCACAAUUCUCAACUGUCAAUAAGCAAGGUACAUUGGAAGGUAUCGCCAAAUUUAUGGAAACACUCUCAGCAGAAGAGCGUUCUUCUUUCGCUAAGUUACUCAAUUAAAAAUUGAUACUUAACAAUCUCACCAUUAGUUUUCUUUAAUGUCGUCUCGGGUUUUUCUUC